UCAACUUUUGAGGCUUCCGUUUCCUAGCAACCUGCAACUUUGAACCCAGCUUUCCUCAGCACUCAAUUCCAAUAUGGCGACCGCUUCGCCAAAGAGGGUUAAGUCUCCCAAAACUCCAAAAACGCCAUCUAAAAAGGAAAAUAUUUCAAAUUCACCAUCUCCAAGACAAUCCCCCAAUAGAAACCCGUCAGAUGUUGCUAGAAAGGUUAGAGAUUGUUGUGCCAGCUGGCACGAACAUACUCAAAAAUGGUCAAAGGUGAAGGAAGUGGGAUUGUCUGUGGCGAACAAGCUGGUGAAUUUACAGCUUCAAAAAGAGUACAGUGCGAUUGACGACACCGCGACACUUACUGCUUCAUCUACUGCUUCAGUUGACCACGACUCUGAUAUUAAGCUACAUGAUGAAAUUAUGAACACUUCUCAGGAACUAUCACGAAUUUAUGAUUCUUUGGCUGAUUUAUGCAGGAAGAUGGAAUCUUUAGAGAAGAAUUUCAAUGCUAUAAGAAACCUGAAGGCUCUUCAAAGGAAGGAAGAUAGCUCUGAUGAUCGAAUAUUCAGCACUUGGACUAUUGAGGAAUUGUGUGAUGCUUCAAAGAGACUUCUUGAUUUGUAUACCAAAGAACUUUCCCUAAAGCAGAGACUGGUUAUGGAAUUUACUCAUUGUAAGAACAGAGAUGAACUGAUGGUAUAUCUGUCACUAUGGCUACAUGAGCCACUCUUAGAUGAUGACAAUGAAGUUCUUCUAGAAAGCAUGUUGAUUGAAGCUGGGUUAAGAUAACAUCAAAUUCAAAAUACACUUUGUCUUAUCCUUUUGUGACUGAUGGAUUAGUGCAAUGCAAGGUAUUAUUGAAUGAUAGUGGGUGGGCAUGGUGUUAUCAAGACAAGAUGCAAAGUUGUGGCCAAGAUGUUAUGCUGCCAGCUGAAAUUUCAGGCGAGGCAGCACAGAGAUUGCAUAUAAUGUAAAGCAAUUAUUGUAAGUGGGUAACCUCAGAAGUAACUGCAAUUGCCACCCUUUCAUUUGUCCAAUUUCAUUGGCAGCCCAUGCUUAGAAACAAUGCUGAAGAUUUACAGCUUGUAACUUGACAUCACACUUGACUCGGUAUUGUUUGAACAAUAAUUUUUGAGACUAGUAGCUCAUUGUGUGACAUGGAAUGAUGUCACAAAAAAACAUUUUGUGUGACAAUCUUACAACACAGUAGUAACUAUACAGCAACUACUUUUAAGAAUUACAACUAAUCAGUCCUAUAUGACAGAGUAGUCAAUUUGUCAACUGCUCUGGAGAGAAAAGCUCUGAUUCACACAAUAUUAUAAGCAACUUGUGGCAAGAAAAAAUAAGACUAUAAUUGAUUGGUGAAGAUUCGCAAGCAACAUUUGAAAUGUGUAAUGUACCGUGUAUGCACGUGGUCUAGUACAUUGGUGUUAUUUGGUUUCGCAGAGACUGUCUCACAAAUGACACAUUCCACUUUCUGUACCCAGACACAUUUUAGUUCCUUUCAGACACAAUACAUAUUCAUAACAAAUGCUUGAUGUCAAAGGGACACAAGAGACAGUUGCAUGGUAGCAAAAAGCCUUUACACUUCUUUCCCUCUAUACCCUGAACUUGAGAUUGCCCUUUAAGUUAGUUGCUUGCUUGGUGAGGUAAUUUGACUGAGGUGCCCCCUGAAAACUGUCAGAGAAUCUGACUAUUUUCCUUGGCCCUACUGUUUCACAAGCUCAUAUACUCAAUUUUUUUUAACCUCAUUUACUGCUUGUCUCUAACUUGCAGACUGAAGUUCAAAACACAGCAACCAAUGAUAGUUUACAUAGACAAAGAUCACCCUGUUGACCUCUUUGGAAACAGUAAAGCCACUUAUUAAAAGUUGUUCAACUUCAGCUAAAAUAAUAAAAAAAUUCUGAUUGCUAUAAUCUAA